AUGAAGAUUAAACUUCGAACAUUGUUCAUUCUGGUGACACUCGCAAUAUUCCUUGCCGUUUUCAUCCUCGAACCGUUCGUUCAACGCCAACAAGAAAAACAAGCAAGGGGCUCACUCCAAGAACGGUUUGGCACGGUUGAAUUCAGAACCACCAACGGCGCCACGAAAACCUUGAAGUGCGUUGGCGAACCAGGCGGCUCUCAGUCAAUUGAGACAAAGACUUUGACUGUAUUUCGCGAGCUGGAUUCGCUUGAACUGAAGAACUGCCACGUCAAAAACACAACUCCAACAACUAAGCUGUACAUUGAAGCUUUGGAUCUGGAACGCGUACGGCUGGAUCUCGAUAUUCCAAUGAACAACUUGAAGGAAUUGAUUGUUAGCAGGUCAUCGAUUGGGAUCUGGUUCACGCCUAGCGAAACCAAACUGACUCCUGCAGGAUUUGAUUUCAGACCGUUCCGCAACGCUAGUAGCCUAGAGUCGAUCACAAUAUCGAAUGAUUUCAUCAACGGUUUUCACGGUCUCGAAUCGUUGCCAAACCUUCGAGGACUCUCGGUCAUUCAAGCAAAGAUUUACUCAAUCGAAGGCAUUGAUCAGAUCGAAGCACUCAGAUCCUUGAGCCUCACAUCGGACUGGCAACGCGAAAUUACUCCAUCGGAUAUCAAAAUCCUUUGCAACUGCCAAUCGCUUGAGUUCUUGGUGCUAUCCAAUGAUUUUGAUCUAAGUGCAAUCGAAGCGAUUAAAAAUUCGCUUCCGCAAUGCGAGAUCCUGAUUAAGCAGUAG